AUGACUGUGUACAAGUUCUGCCCUGAAUGCAACAAUAUUCUUUAUCCUAAGGAAGACAGGGAGCAUAAAAUUCUCUUCUUCGCUUGCCGCACCUGUGAUCAUCAGGAGGUUGCUGACAAUAACUGUGUGUAUAGAAAUGAGAUAUAUCAUUCGGCUGAGGAGCGAACUCAAGUGUUGGAAGAUGUAGCUUCAGAUCCAACUCUUCCUCGUACCAAGUCUGUUCGUUGCGCUCAAUGCAAUCAUGGAGAAGCUCUCUUCUUCCAGGCAACUAUUAGAAGGGAAGAAGGUAUGACACUUUCUUAUGUUUGCUGCAACCCAAACUGUGGCUACCGAUGGCGAGAUCAAGAUUCAUAA